AUGGAGGACAUAGCCCAUGGAGCGUUGUGCUCUCUGUUCUACCUGGCCUCGGGGGGCAUCUUGACCGACACUGGGUCCGACGUCAAGGGUUACAAGGAGGGGAAAAUGAUGCUCGCCUCGGGAGUGUUCUCCAUCUUCCUCGGCAUCGUCUUCAUCGCUGACGUCCUUUUCGUCUACUUCAAGGAGCGUAGGGCCAGCGCGUAGACCAGAGGUUCCUGAGGUUCUCGGCGCGUUUUAUAUCCCUGUUGAUUGUGUAAUCCUGAUAAUACAUUUUCCAUUUCUGAG